GGUGACUGCACUUCCGGGUUGCAGAUACAUAUUGCACAGGAGAACGCAAUACUAGUAUUGUGACGAGCGCAUUGCAUGAGACAACGUAAUGUAGAGACGUGUAUAUAUAGAGGAUAGCCGUUUUGCAUUGCUCUGAGAUAAAGGAACAGUGAAGGAGUACGUAUACGAAACAGAGAGAGAGGGCGUCUCAGUUAUUACGUCUCAGUAUGGCUCAGGUUGUUGAGAAAAUUCCGUGGAAGACUGAGUCGUAUGUAGCUCAGGUAAAACAACAUUGGCCUCAGACAGGGAAGCACAUCCUGGCUCAGUAUGACGACAGCAGUGUUGUGGUGUACCAGGCGUUCAGACCAGAGAUAGCAGAGUACGCAGUCGAGAACCAAAGGUUCGGCGGUCCCCAUUACCUGUGGGGUCGCAUGUCGUGGAUCAAGCCGAACUUCCUGUGGAUGAUGUACCGCUGCGGAUGGGCCAGUAAGAAGGGACAGGAGAGGGUGCUGGCUGUACGGAUCACGCGGGAAGGUUUUGACGAGAUCUUGGCAAACGCCUACUCACCGAAGACCCAGGAAGAGGCUGGGCUGCCCAAGGACCAAUUAAAAGUGCGGUUACAAUGGGACCCUGAUCAUGACCCUUCUGGAAAAUCCCUACCCAGAAGAGCUAUCCAACUGGGGCUGAAGGGGGAGAUACUCAGCCACUUUGCCCAGGACUGGAUCGUAAGCAUCACGGAUGUAACAGACUUUGUACAUGAGCAGCAGAACGUCCUCCAGACCAGCGGUACUGAGCAGCUGCAAGUUGCUGCAGAGAGAGUCUACCAAGUAACCGACCCGAAAACUAAAGCCCUGAUUGGUGUAGAAGACUGGCAGGCAUCUUAGGUCAAGCAUACUUGGUUGAAGUAUACUUGUAAGUUAUUAUGCACUUGAGCAUUAGACUAGCCUAGUAUCUA